AUGCGUAAACAUUUUCACAAAUACGUUUUCAUUUGGCGAAAUGCACAAAUCACACAAUUACAUCGACUGCUCUCGGCCAUAUGGCAGCGCAAGAUACUAGACGCCGUUGUCAUAACUGAUGUGCAACAGAUAUACACUUUCGAGCCAUACACAGCCGCUGGUUUCGCGCUAAAACGCAUCACCGAUGACUACGCAUUACAAUGCGAUUUCCUGCGCGCCAUACCGCGUGAACGCGCCGCCGAUGGUUACACCGGCGUAGACGGUUUGCUCGCAAGCAAUAUUGUGUCGUAUCUCAAUGCAUCGGUGAAUUACACGCAACCCGCUGAUAAUGAGAAUUAUGGCGUUUGCUUGGCAAAUGGUUCGUUUACGGGCGUACUGCGCGAACUGAUUGCCGGCGCGGCUGAUGUGAAUUUCAAUGCGCGCUUUACGCUGCCAUGCGGCGCAGCGGAAGUGGAAGCGCUGUAUCCAUACUUUAAGCGCAAAUUGUAUUUGGUUGUGCCAGCGGCGGAAUUGCAGCCGGAAUAUUUGAUUUUCAUCAAGGCGUUCACGUGGACGCUUUGGCUGCUGUUGACAUUGAAUUUCUUUGCGGUUACCGCUAUCUUUGCACUGCUCAAACACUAUGCGUAACAUUUGCCACAUGCGGUGCGUAUAAAACAUGGUCGUUGGUAUGAGCUCAUCGCAAUGUUUCUGCAGACCCAACUGGGCGAACCUGUGACUGGCUUCUCGCGCAUCAGUUCGUUGCGUCAGUUACUCAUCGCUUGGAUCUACUUCAGUUAUGUGGUAGCCACAAUCUAUUUCGGCAAAUUAGAGAGCAGUUUUGUGCGUCCGAGUUAUGAAGCGGAAUUGGACUCACUAGACGAACUGGUGAAAUUAGAUGUGCCAAUCAUUGGUGUACACACGCUCUUCACAACGGUACAGCCAGCGCUUGAAGCGUGUACUUCUCUUCCUUUAUACGCUGUGCCGUUCGGUAUGCGCAAGAGCUGGCGUGUUGCCUUCCUGUUGCGUGGUGAGGCGGCGAGAGAUUUCUUGAUAAAAACCUACGAUGUGCAGCGCCGUCGCCCGCGGUUUCAUGUGAUCAAGGAAUAUUUGCGUUCCAUGCCGCAGGAGUAUAUAUUGGCGAAGGGUUCGCCGUUUCGUUACAAGUUUCAGUUAUUUUAAGCUGCUGUAUUUGAGAGCGGUCUUUUCGAGUAUUGGAGUAGCAACGAUUUGCACUACUCGAGUCAGCAUAAAUUUCACGAAGUUGAAGAGUUUUACUAGGAGUUACCGAACAAUUUGGAUUUCGAUUUGAGCGAAAUAGCAGACAGUGGUGGCAAUGCGGACCGCAACCGUAGACAAGUUGUGCUGAGCAUGCAUAUACUGCAGGGCGCAUUCUACUUGUGGGGUUUUGGUAUAUUAUUCAGUGCACUUGGUUUUGUUGUGGAGCGUGCCUACUGUUGGUAUCGAAAGAGAAUAGUGAACCAACCGAGGAAUAUUUCAACUUAA